AUGACGGCCGAUAUGGCGACGAUCACCUCCACCACGACGUAUACCGCCAAACCCGACGUGAGCUUUAAGGGCUACUACCUGAAUGCCGACGGAGGUUUAACUUCAACGACCUGUCAGAAUGACCUCCCCACCUUUAUCGCCCGCGGCAACGUGGUCGACUGUUGUGCGUCUGCCCCGGGCUGUGUCUUCCCCGAGCCCUGCACCGCAUGCGCAUAUCCAACCGCCUGCUCCAAUAACGCGGAAGUCUACGACUUCUCCGUCUCCGGCACGGCGCAUACCUGGCCAUGCCGAGCCCUCACCUGCAAGACUCUCAUGAUCUACGAGUCAUAUCCGCACUCGACGAAAGGAUGGUCAAAAACAGCUCACUGGUGUGUCGGCGAUUCUGAUCCCACCGUUCUCUUCCGGAAUUAUGAGUCCACCCUGGACAUGACUAUCACCGGAAUAACCAAACCCACCUCAUCAUCAACCUCAGUGCCGGCAAGCACCACAGCCUCCAUGCCUCAGGAUACCGGUUCCUCUGAUAGUUCGAGUGGUGGGAAAUCCGACAGCAAGGCCGGGCCGAUCGCUGGUGGUGUCGUGGGGGGAGUCGCAGCCGUAGCCAUCGUCAUUGCGGCUUUGUUCUUCAUCAUGAAAAGACAAAAAAAGAAGAAUCUCGAGUUGCAGGCUGUCAAUGAGAUCGGGACUGAGUAUGUUGCUGCGGGGAAAUGA